CAGGGCAAGGAAAGAAACGGAGACAGGGGAGACCAAACAUUCAGAACACAUCAAGCAGCAGAGGCAGAGAAAGAUGGCAACAAAUAUCCAGACUGCAGUAUUUCUUGUCUUCUUGGCAGCAGCUGUUUUACAGACAACAUAUGCUGUAGUGUAUACUGUCGGAAACUCAACUGGUUGGCAAACCCCUACUUCCAAUUCUAAUUUCUAUACCACCUGGGCCUCUCAGUACACGUUCAGAGUCGGCGAUUCUCUAGUGUUCAACUUUGUAACCGGAGUUCAUGAUGUGGCCACGUCAUCACAGGCCGAUUAUACUUCCUGCAACAUAGCCAAUACCCUCUCUGUCGACAGGACUGGACCGGUGACCAUCGUGCUGAACGCUACUGGUACCCAGUACUACUUUUGCACCUUCCCCAACCACUGUUCCCAGGGCCAAAAACUAGCUGUUAGCGUCGUCAGCGGUACCCCUGGUCCUUCAGGCUCACCUGGCAGUGUCAGUCCCCCACCUCCGCCUCCCAGCUCCGGAGCUUCGUCUCUUUUGGCUACCUUCUCCGUUAUCUUCAUGUCCAUUUCCAUAUACCUAUUCAUGUGGUAGUUUCGAUGAUAAUGGUGAUGUUGGUAGGGUGGACAUAUUUUACGCUGAAUAAACUGGUUCAUUUUCUAGGGAGAUGAAUCUGGAUAUGGUUAUGCCACGAUUGUUCAGAGAUCAUUACCUAUAUAUUGUUAUUGUAGGUUUUUUUAUUUGAUUUGUAUUAUGAGUGACAGUGACAUUGUUUCUUCUC